CUGGCGGACAGCUGCGGACCGGCGGGUCCAGUCGAGCCUCAUCGGAGCCGGGAGAGCCACAGCAUGUGGUCCUCCUGGGGGUUCUUCUCCUAGCCGGUUCCGAGUCAGAUACGAGCUCGGAGGCGGACACGCGCGGCACACGUGAACGCGCAUGGAGGCAAGAGUGCGGUGAAGUCUUCCUCCCUCCUCUCUCGGCUCGGUUCUUCGGUUCUGCUGAGCAUCCACAAUGGAGGCCGGCCCAGAACAGUUCCUGAGGCGGAUCCUGGAGGACCUGGACGUUCAGCACGCCAACAUGUCCGACCAGGAGCUGUGCAAGUCGCUGUGCACGCGCAUGGACCUGGUGCACCUUGCCAAACUGCGCGCGCACCUUUACCGCGCGGCCAGUCUGGACCCGGACUUUCCCGCCACGCUCUUCCGGGACAAAAUGCGCGGCCCCGCCGGAGACGAGCAGUCCAAGAGGCGCGUGCUCGCGGCGGACAUCGUCGCCAUGCUCCACCUGAUCCACGCGCACGGGGGCGUGGCCGCGCACAGAGUCCAGAGGCACGAGCACGCCGAGGCCAGGCGCGUGCGUCAUCACUACGCCCCCCUUGGAGAGCCCCCGCCGGCCCUUGUCAAUAAUCCCCCCGGCCCGGAAACGCGCCGGACCUUCCUUCCCGCCUCGGAGCCCAACUUCCUGUUGGGGGUGGGCGGGAGGCAGGGCGGGUGGCAGGGCGGGGGCCGAGCGUCCUCUCUGGACAAACUGCACCACCUGCCCCAGUACUCCCCCUCCCCACCCUGCCGCCGCAUGCAGGACGGCCCCCCGAUGGCACGCACCUGCCUGCAGAAGAGGAACAUCUUCAAAGAGGACUUCCACAAAAUGGCCUCCUUUGGCCCGCAGGUUAUCGCGGCCAAGGAUGGCGAGGGGGCGGAGCCAUUCCGCCACACGCCCGCCCCCUUCUUCAAUCGCAGCUUCGAGGUGGCCUACAGGAAGCCGUACUGCCCGCCCACCCUCAGCCCGGCCCUGCCGGAGAGGCGGCGCGUCAAACACGAGAGUCUGGAUGACCUUCAGGCGUCCACGUACUUCGGGCCCACCACCGUGUCUGAGUGCGUGAGUGGCAAGAAGCACAGUGGUCAGGGCAGGAAGCAGGGGGCGUGGCCUGUGAAGAGCUUGAGCCUCAACGUGGAGGAGGGGCCUCAUGACCUGGAGAGGUCGUAUGCAAGCAAAGCAAACUUCCAUCGCAACGCCAGCGUGGUCGGGGCCGACGACACGCGCUUCCAGAGCCCCAAGCGACCGCUGGCGUAUCCCAACGACGCCGUGAAGACGAAGGACGGCGCCGUGAUGGACAGGGUGGAGUCGGCCAAGAGGAGGCGGGACAAGCAAGUCAACGGUCCGGCGUUUCGCGGCACGGACGGCUCGGCGUGCAUCGGGACUCAAACGGAACACGGUGGUCAGAAGAAGGCGCCACGCGCCUUCAAGCACUCGGACGAAGAAUCCGAGAUUGUCGGCGACGACAUCAGCGACAUCUUCCGCUUCCUGGAUGAGAUGAGCGUGUGCGACUCGCUGGGCGUGGUCCAGUCGUCGUGCUACGACAGCGCCGCCUCGCUGAAGUCGGAGGGCGACAGCUCGCCCGAACCAAACACGGUCAAACUGGCGAAGUCGCAGCUGGACCGCCUCCUGCGCUCGCUGGACAACACGGACGACGAGCUCAAGUCCAGCGUGUGCAAGCUCGUGGCGAGGAUCGGCGAGAUCGAGCGGAAGCUGGAGUCGCUGUCGGGCGUGCGCGGCGAGAUCUCGCAGGUUCUGUCCAAACUCAACAAGCUGGACCAGAAGAUCCAGGAGCCCGACCCCAGCCCCGCCUCCUCCCCCCCUGACGCCUCACCGCACGUCUUCCGCUGCCACACCCUCAACGACAGCCCGGGCCUGAGGGCGACGGCCCUGAGGAAGAACGCCUUCACCAGGAGGUCAUCGCACUCGCUGGACGACGACGGCGAGUCGAAGGUCGUCGAUGUGUCGCCGCGAGACUGGCGAACGCUGUCGUACUCCUGCCAUCCCGACACCGUGGACAAGGAGCGAGGCUGCCGGGCCAAAGAGGUGGACCAAUACGACUUCCCCGGGAUGCUCCGCCCCCCCAAGGCGGCCAGGGAGUCCUACCUGACCGAACAUCACCUGAGGCCGGCGGUCCCAGCCCACGCCAAAGGAAGUCCCCUGUAUUCCGGGCCGAGGCUCAGCGGGCCGUCCUGGACCGCCGACGAAUACAAACGCAACUCAGGAAACACGUUGGACCUGCAGGCGGAGUCGCUGAACCCGAACAAGCUGGAGUUCUGGAUGGAGGACGUGUACACGCCGGGCUACGACUCGCUGCUCAAGCAGCGGGAGGCGGAGUUCCGCAGAGCCAAGGCGUGUAAGAUCGGCGCCCUGAUCGCCGCCACCUUCAGCGUCAUCCUCGUCAUCGUGGUCCCCAUCUGCGCCAUGAAGACGUAGCGUGGCGGGAUCAACCACCCGGGGCAGAAACAGGAAGUAGCACAGCUGUCAAUCAAAGACAAUUAGUUGUAGCUUCUGGACCCUGUCAUGAGUCCAGACCGGACCGGACUGGACUUUGGACCACAACAAACCACAUGAAUGUAUGUAUCACGUGGUCUGCUCAGAGUCCGCAAUGUUCCUUGUCCGCUCGCUAGCCGAAUGUGUCCGUCACCUCCAGUGUCUCCACAGAACACCCAUAGUCCGUUCUGGAUCUGAAGGGACUUGAGACGGAUUGAGCGGUCCAGGUUCUGCUGAGGUUCUCGUGAUGCUGAAUGUCAUAUUUACCUUCUGGAAUGUUCUCUAAUAAGAAUGACUGGACUUCCUGACGGAAUGUUCCACAAUAAACUUCCUGUGGUGUCUUUGGGUCGUGUCCCGCAGGUGCUGACAUGGUCCGUGUCAGGAUGGGUCCGUGGCGAGUUCUAGAAGGUCAAGGAAGGAAAUGGUAAAGGUCAUUGCUUUUCCAGAUGUGGCCUUCACGACCUUUCCAGACGU